GUAAUCCCCUGCACCGUGUCUUCUCCCUUUCGCCUCUGGGCUCUGGUGCUCUCCUUCCAAUCCAAGGUCUGACCGUGAGGCCGACACCGAGCCUAGGGUUUGCUCCGGCUCGCCGCCGAUCGAAUCAGCAGCCCGUCGCCGAUCAAGCAGCCCCGCCGCCGUCGACGCCGCGAUGCAGAGGUACGGGCUGCAGCUCCGCACGAAGCCGGCGGCGUCCUCGUCGUCGCGCGCGCCGCCGCCGCCUGCGCGGCCCCUGGCGGCCUUCGCCGACGACGAUGACGACGAUGUGGAGGCCGAAAUCCUCCGCCAGGCCGCAAAAAAGCGCGCCCUCCAGAAGGUGGAGGAGCAGCAGAAGAAGGCCAUGGAGGAGGAUCCAUCGGUGUUCGCGUACGACGAAGUGUACGACGACAUGAAGGAGAAGGAAGCCCGCCCCAAGAUGCAGGCUAAGGUCGUCCGCGAGUCAAAAUAUAUUGCACAACUUAAGGAAAAAGCAGAGCAACGUAAACGAGAACAAGAUAUAAUAUACGAGAGGAAGCUUCAGAAAGAGAGGAGCAAGGAGGACCACCUUUUUGGGGACAAGGAUAAGUUUGUAACAUCUGCCUACAGGAAGAAACUUGAGGAACAACAAAAGUGGCUUGAGGAAGAGAGAAUCCGGCAACUUCGAGAAGAAAGGGAAGAUGUAACUAAAAAGAAAGACCUGAGUGAUUUUUACUUUGGGCUUGAGAAGAAUGUUGCUUUCGGUGCACGGACGCAUGGCAACGCAAAACAUGCCGAUCCUCAAAAGUCAGACAAUAAGCGAGAGGAUACUAAAUCUAGCAGUCUUGAUGCUGAAGUCUCCGAGCCUUCUCCAAAGCGUAGAAGAGAAUCCAGUGUAGGAUCAGAGAGGGCUAAGAGUGUGGAAGAACCCUCGGGAAGUCAACCAAAGGAUUCAACAGCUGCUGCAUCUACUGAGAAAAAUGACGCUGAAGUUCCUUCGAAUGCUUCUCAGACCCCACAGAACAUUCAGCCAGUAAAGGUUACUGAUGAGCACUACAAAAGAAGUGAUGAUGCACUUGCUGCUGCAAGAGCGCGAGCUCUGGCCCGAAAGAAAGCGAAAGAGCAGCAAUUGUGAAGCAUGGUGGGAAAAAAAGUUUACCGAUCCUUGAGCUUGAGGGAUAAUUUAAAAUUUUAUUUGACAGGAUCGUGUAAAGAUUGUAAUCUGAUUGAUAGCUGCCUUGCACCUUGGAAAACAUUUUUUUAGUGGAUGUUGCAUAUGUAUCUUGUAAAAAGACCCUUUUAAUCAUCACUCACUAUGGUGUGUCAAAUGUGUUUUGCCAUGUCUGGUUUGAAA